CAAAAUCGGACACCGUUUAACCUUACCUAAAGAAUACGAAUCAAUUCAAUUAGUUGCUACUAACUCAAAAAGAUAUUGGAUACUGAAAGCUCCUGGCGGCUCUUCUUUACAUCGUCUCCAUGGCUUCUGCUAGUGUUUCGGUUGAGACUGGAUCCAUGAAAGGAAAACUAAUCAUUCAAUAGUGAAAUUUUCACUACAGUAUCUAUGGCAUCAAGUGAUGACAAUGAUUACAUACUUCCGGAUCAAGUGGUUUGCAUUGAAAUGAAAUCAGUUGAACCUAUUUUGUGCAAACCGAGACUCUUGCCAUUAAAAUCUGUUAAACUUUCUGGCUGUGAAGUUGAAAAUGAAAUCGUUAGUGUAAAUAAUAUAGAAUUUCAGCAUAAUAAAGCAACAUAAUUCCU